AUGGACGACUUUGCAAACGAUUUCAUCGCCUCUGCCGAAGACGCCGCCGCCGCCGCCAUCUCCGAUGGCAGCCCGCCCUCCGCCCAGCACCAGCACGGUCCCGACGAAGCCGGACAGAAGCGUCAUCGGCAUCACAAAUCUGGCUGGGGAGGGCUAUCGUCCUUGCGGGACAAGGCCUCCAUACAGGACCGCUUAGUGGACAAGUUGCUGCAGCAAGUCAUCCCCAUCGACGACGCAGCCCAGGACGUCGGCCAGGACGUCCCGAACCCGUUCCAGCGGCCCAACUUCAACCUGACCAUCAUGUCGCACAACUUUCGGCGCUUCAACUCGCGGAUCGGCGUUGUCUUCCGCUUCCAGGACAAGGUCGAGGCCCUCCUGUCGUGGCAGACGACGUCCCACACCGUGUCGUACCUGGCCGUCCUGACGUUCGUCUGCCUCGACCCGUACCUCCUGUCGGCGCUGCCCAUCCUCUUCCUCGUGUUCGGCAUCCUCAUCCCGGGCUUCGUGGCGCGCCACCCCGCGCCCCCCCGGGGCACCUUGUCGAGCGAGCAGAGCAUCGGGUACUCGCCGAGCGGGCCGCCGCUGGCCCCCGCCGCGACGCCCCGGCCGGCCAAGGAGCUCAGCAUGGACUUUAUCCGCAACGCGCGCGACCUGCAGAACCAGAUGGGCGACUUCAGCAACGCCUACGACAAGGUCGUCGAGCUGCUGGUGCCCGUGGCCAACUUCAGCAACGAGGCGCUCUCGUCGACCGUCUUCCUGUUCGCCUUCCUGGGCAGCAUCGUCAUGAUGCUCGCGGCGCACAUGCUCCCCUGGCGCAUCAUGUUCCUGCUCGCGGCGUGGGCGCCCGUGGUGCUCUGCCACCCGUCCGUCACGAGGGCCCUGCGCGACGCGCGCCGCGACCGCGGGGGGGCCGAGCCCGCGUCCGGCGCCCGCAGCUGGCUGGACGGCUGGAUCGCCCGCGACGUCAUCCUCGACUCGGCCCCCGAGACGCGCGAGGUCGAGAUCUUUGAGCUGCAGCGCAAGUCGCCCGCGGGCGAGUGGGAGCCCUGGGUGUUCGCCCCGAACCCCUACGACCCGCUGUCCCAGGCGCGCAUCACGGGCGACCGGCCCAAGGGCACGCGGUUCUUCGAGGACGUGCUGCCCCCCAGCGCGUGGGAGUGGAGCGAGAAGAAGUGGGCUCUGGACCUGUGGAGCCGCGAGUGGGUGGAGGAGCGCAUCAUCACGGGCGUCGAGGUCGAGACGGAAGGCGAGCGAUGGGUCUACGACAUUUACAGCGACAAGGAGGACCGCACCGGCGUGCUUGACACCCCCGAGCCGGUCAAGAGCCGAGACUUGGCGCAGAGGCAGACCAGCUGGGAGGAAGGGGAGGACGGCGCCGGCAGGAGGGGGGAUUGGCGCCGGCGGAGAUGGGUGCGCCUGGUCAAGAGAAGGGCGGCUCAGGAGGCAUCGUCAUGA